ACUCUGAUGAGUCCCGUUUCUGUGCAGGUGCUACGGCAAUACUAGUCGACACCUGUGUUUGUUCCUUCCUUUCCCAUAGGUUACACAUCGUGCGUCUUCCCAUCCUUCCUUUAGUCCGCCUGAAAUCUCGGCAUCUGCAGCCAGCACCCGCCAGUCGAUUGACCAGUCUUUUAACUUCUGACGUGUUUAGGUGUCUUAGAUUACAGCGAUCAGCUGAGAUUAUAUUUCUUUUUUAUUGUCCGUCUUUUUAGACCUCACGGUUGAUCGGGCGCUUUUUUUUUUUUUUUUUUUCCUGCUUUAAAAAAGGCCGAAAUUCGCGUUUCGCAGCAUCUUGCUUGAACUUUUCCUGAGCUCCCUCGAGGACCGGAAAAAAAAUCCCCGCAAUGCUUCGUACUACAGCCGUUAAGGCCACCAACAGUGGUGUGCUGCGCGGAGCCGCUUGCUCUGCCUGCCGACGACCCUUCUCUCUUGCUUCGACCGUCAGACCCGCUUCCAGCCAGAGCUCAAAAUUCGGCGUGACUGCGAGACGACCUCUCGCCGUUGUUGACCGUCUGUCCAAUGGCAAGAGAUAUGCUGCCUCCGCGGCGGGCGUGGACCCCAACGAUUCCUUCCUGUCGGGGAACACCGCCAACUAUAUCGAUGAAAUGUACAUGGCGUGGAAGAAAGACCCGUCCAGCGUGCACAUCUCGUGGCAAACGUAUUUCAAGAACAUGGAAGACGGCAACAUGCCCGUGACCCAGGCCUUCCAGCCCCCUCCGACUCUCGUGCCCACCCCGACUGGCGGUGUCCCUCAAGAAAUGCCGGGCGCUGGCCUCUCCCUCGGUCCCGCCACCGACGUGACGAAUCAUCUGAAGGUCCAGCUGCUGGUCCGCGCCUACCAGGCUCGUGGCCACCACAAGGCCAAGAUCGACCCCCUGGGCAUCCGUGGCGAGGCCGAGGCGUUUGGCUACAACAAGCCCAAGGAGCUCGAGCUCGACCACUACGGCUUCACCGAGCGCGAUCUGGACGAGGAGUUCACCCUCGGACCCGGUAUCCUGCCGCGGUUUGCCACCGAGGAGCGCAAGAAGAUGUCGCUGCGUGAGAUCAUCGCCACCUGCGAGAAGAUCUACUGCGGCUCGUACGGCGUGGAGUACAUCCACAUCCCCGACCGCAAGCCCUGCGACUGGAUCCGCGACCGCUUCGAGAUCCCCGAACCCUACAAGUACUCGGUCGACGACAAGCGCCGCAUCCUGGACCGCUUGAUCUGGAGUCACAGCUUCGAGUCCUUCCUGGCCACCAAGUUCCCCAACGACAAGCGUUUCGGUCUGGAGGGUUGCGAAACCCUGGUGCCCGGUAUGAAGGCCCUGAUCGACCGCAGUGUCGACUACGGCAUCAAGGACAUCGUCAUCGGUAUGCCUCACCGUGGUCGUCUGAACGUCCUCUCCAACGUCGUUCGCAAGCCCAACGAGUCCAUCUUCAGCGAGUUUGCCGGUUCGACCGAGCCCUCCGACGAGGGCUCCGGUGAUGUCAAGUACCACCUGGGUAUGAACUUCGAGCGUCCCACGCCCUCCGGCAAGCGUGUCCAGCUGUCUCUGGUCGCCAACCCCUCCCAUCUGGAGGCCGAGGACCCCGUGGUGCUCGGUAAGGCCCGCUCCAUCCAGCACUACAACAACGACGAGACGGAGUUCAAUACUGCCAUGGGUGUCUUGCUGCACGGUGAUGCUGCCUUCGCCGCCCAGGGUGUCGUGUACGAGACCAUGGGAUUCCACUCUCUGCCCGCCUACUCCACCGGCGGUACCAUUCACAUCAUCGUGAACAACCAGAUCGGUUUCACCACCGACCCCCGCUACUCCCGGUCCACUCCUUACUGCUCCGACAUCGCCAAGUCCAUCGAUGCCCCCGUCUUCCACGUCAACGCCGACGACGUCGAGGCCGUCAACUACGUCUGCCAGGUCGCUGCCGACUGGCGUGCCGAGUUCAAGCGCGACGUUGUCAUCGACAUCGUCUGCUACCGUAAGCAGGGUCACAACGAGACCGACCAGCCCUCGUUUACUCAGCCCUUGAUGUACAAGCGCAUUGCGGAGCAGAAGCUCCAGCUCGAGAAGUACGUCGAGAAGCUGAUCGCCGAGGGUACCUUCACCAAGGAGGACAUCGACGAGCACAAGAAGUGGGUCUGGGGCAUGCUCAACGACAGCUUCGACCGUAGCAAGGACUACCAGCCCACCAGCAAGGAGUGGCUGACCUCCGCCUGGAACGGCUUCAAGACCCCCAAGGAGCUGGCCACCGAGGUCCUGCCUCACCUCCCCACCGGCGUCGAGUCUCCUCUGCUGCAGCACGUUGCCGGCAAGGUCAGCGAUGCUCCCGAGGGCUUCACCCUGCACCGCAACCUCAAGCGUAUCUUGUCGAACCGCAAGAAGACCGUCGAUGAGGGCAAGAACAUCGACUGGGCCACCGCCGAGGCUCUGGCCUUCGGUUCCCUCGUUAACGAGGGCUACCACGUCCGUGUCUCCGGUCAGGAUGUUGAGCGUGGUACCUUCUCCCAGCGUCAUGCCGUCCUGCACGACCAGGAGACCGAGAAUACCUACACUCCUUUGCAGAACAUCAGCGACGGACAGGGCAGCUUUGUCAUCUCCAACUCCUCUCUCAGUGAAUUCGGAGCUCUUGGAUUUGAGUACGGUUACUCUCUGACCUCUCCCAACGCGCUCGUGAUGUGGGAGGCUCAGUUCGGUGACUUCGCCAACAACGCUCAGUGUAUCAUCGAUCAGUUCAUCGCUUCCGGCGAGUCCAAGUGGUUCCAGCGAUCCGGUCUUGUCGUGUCUCUGCCCCACGGUUAUGAUGGCCAGGGUCCUGAGCACUCUUCGGGCAGAAUGGAGCGUUGGUUGCAGCUCUGCAACGAGGAGCCUCGUGUCUACCCCUCCGCCGACAAGCUCGACCGCCAGCACCAGGACUGCAACAUGCAGAUUGCCUACAUGACCACCCCCGGCAACCUGUUCCACAUCCUGCGUCGCCAGAUUCACCGCCAGUUCCGCAAGCCCCUUGUGAUCUUCUUCUCCAAGUCUCUCCUGCGUCACCCGAUUGCCCGCUCUUCCAUUGAGGAGUUCACCGGCGAUUCUCACUUCCAGUGCAUCAUCCCUGACCCGGCCCACGGCACGGCUAUUGACGAGCCUGAGAAGAUCGAGCGGGUUAUCCUGUGCUCUGGCCAGGUCUACGCCACCCUUGUGAAGCACCGUGAGGCCCAGGGUCUCCGCAACACCGCCAUCACUCGCAUCGAGCAGCUCCACCCCUUCCCUUGGGCUCAGCUCAAGGAGAACCUGGACAGCUACCCCAACGCCCGUAACAUCGUCUGGGCCCAGGAGGAGCCCCUCAACGCCGGUGCCUGGAGCUACGCCCAGCCCCGCAUUGAGACCCUGCUGAACGCGACGGAGCACCACAACCGCCGUCACGUUCUCUACGCCGGUCGUUCCCCUAGUGCCUCCGUGGCCUCGGGUCUCAAGUCCGUCCACUUGAAGGAAGAGCAGGAAUUCCUCGAGGAUGCCUUCACCGUCCACCAGGACCGGUUGAAGGGCGAGUAAAUUGGAAGGGAGAAUUAGACGAGCUGACAGCUCAAUAGAAGGUAUUGUCGCAGCAUUUUUUUCCCGGGUGCCAUGUGCGGUUGUUUGAGGGGAGAGAGAAAUGGCAGCGCCUACUCGUUUCAGUCUCCUAUGUAUGAUUUUUCAUUUGUUGUCUGCAUAGUUGCACGGUGUUGAUAACUCCGCCUGUGCUUGUGCCCGCAGGGGCUUUGGCAUUUUCAGGUUUCAUCUCUGGCACGAGCAGCAUGAUCUGGCCUGUCUAUACCUAGCAUGUGUUUCUUUUUUUGUUUGUUUUCUUUUUGCCGUGCAUGUAAAUUAAGGACUUUGGUAUAAUAUCGAUGUGUCUUGUUUCUUUG